GCGUGACGGCUCGUUGAGCCUCGUUCUGGGUGCAAUUGAAUGAAUGGCUGAGAGAUGACCACAGCGCCACAGAGAAUACGAGAAGUGCAAACCCACUUCAAGACAUCCACUGAAUUCUAACUGCAAAGCUAAUCUUGCAUCUCUCUCUCUCUCUCUCUCUCUGGUCUUUAAUCUUCGAGGUACGAACCCACCAAUCCAAACUCAAUUGAACUGUAAGUCAUAACCAAACCUCACUUGCUAUUUGCCUGUUGUUUCCCCCUCCUCUUUGUAGUCGAGAAACUGUUCCAGAAAAAAUAUUGUCACAGGAGAAAAUACUUUUCCUUCUUAUGUCUUAUAGAAUUCUCUGUUCUUAGUUUUUGUCUGUACUUGUAAAUUGUAUACGAAAAUGCAAUCCUUAACCACUUUGCCAUCAAAGGGUGACCUUUGGGUGGUAUCUCAAUCGGGCAUUGAACUGGGUUCUCAUAGAAUUGAAACUAGGAGGAGAAACAAAAAGACGAGGGGCGUUGGUUUCCCGGUUUGUCAUAGUAGAAGUGCUGGUCUCUUGAUGCUUUCAAAUACCGAGGGAGUUGUUCGGCGUGGGACUUGCUGUGGGAGCUCAGAGUUCGAUUUGGGAUGUGGGUAUUCUAAACUGAAAGUUGAACUCUUUCGUGUGCCUAAGAAAAGUCCUUUCGGUGCCUUGAUUGCAUUGGCUUGGGCAAUGGAGCACCAAGCAAUAGGGAAUGAAUUUCCUAGAGAAGGAUCGGAUUUUGUUAAUGGGUUUUCAGGGAAAGUUGAGAGCAAGGAUGGCGAUUAUGUUAAUUUGGGCGAAGUGGAUGAUAAUAAUGAUCAUAAGAUGGGAGAUGAUAACAUAGAGAGUGCAGAACAAGAUGGGGAAGGGAAGACUUCAAAGGUUGACGUUCGUUCACUCGCAUGGAGCUUACGAUUUGCGAGAACUGCGGAUGAUGUGGAAGAGAUUCUAAAGGACAAGGGUGAGUUGCCCCUUCAAGUAUACUCAUCCAUGAUCAGAGGUUUUGGUAGGGACAAGAGAAUGAAUUCUGCACUGGCUGUUGUUGAUUGGCUUAAGAAAAAGAAGCUUGAAACUAAUGGAUUGAUUGGCCCUAAUCUUUUCAUAUAUAAUAGUUUAUUGGGUGCAGUCAAACAGUCUGAAGAGUUUGGAGAAAUGGAGAAAGUCUUGAAUGAUAUGGCGCAGGAAGGGGUUCUUCCUAAUGUUGUUACUUACAACACUUUAAUGUCAAUCUACUUAGAGCAAGGACGAGGUGCUGAAGCCCUUAAUAUUCUUGAAGAGAUCCAGAGGAAGGGCUUCAACCCUUCUCCAGUUUCCUAUUCUACAGCUUUAUUAGCUUAUCGAAAAAUGGAAGAUGGGCAUGGAGCUUUGAGUUUUUUUAUUGAUUUCAGGGAAAAAUAUCAUAAAGGUGACAUAAAGAAAGGUGCUAAUGAAGAUUGGGACGGUGAAUUUGUUAAACUUGAGAAGUUUACUCUUCGUGUUUGCUACCAAGUAAUGCGGCGAUGGCUUGUGAGUAGUGAGAACCUGAGUACCAACGUGUUGAAACUUCUCACAGAUAUGGAUAGUGCUGGGCUUCCACCUGGUCGGGAAGAACAGGAACGUCUUUUGUGGGCUUGUACCCGUGAAGAGCAUUACAUUGUUGUGAAGGAGUUGUAUAAUAGGAUAAGAGAAAGAUAUUCUGAAAUUAGCCUAUCUGUCUGUAACCAUGCAAUUUGGUUGAUGGGGAAGGCUAAGAAGUGGUGGGCGGCUCUGGAGAUCUAUGAGGAAUUAUUGGACAAAGGCCCAAAGCCAAAUAGGAUGUCACAGGAGCUGGUAGUUUCUCACUUCAAUAUACUUCUUGCCGCAGCUAAGAGAAGAGGAAUUUGGAGAUGGGGUGUUAGGUUGCUCAACAAGAUGGAAGAGAAAGGUCUUAAACCUGGAAGUAGGGAAUGGAAUGCAGUACUUAUUGCCUGUUCCAAGGCUUCAGAAACUUCUGCUGCGGUGCAAAUAUUUAAGAGGAUGGUUGAACAAGGUGCAAAACCUACAAUAAUCUCCUAUGGAGCCUUGCUUAGUGCACUGGAGAAGAAGAAGCUCUAUGAUGAGGCCCGGCAGGUGUGGGACCAUAUGAUCAAGGUAGGUGUUGAACCAAACCUGUAUGCCUACACAAUCAUGGCUUCGGUUUUCACUGGGCAAGGGAAGUUUAAUUUGGUUGAUGCCAUCAUCAAGGAAAUGGUUUCAACAGGUAUAGACCCAACUGUUGUGACCUACAAUGCAAUAAUUAGCGGGUGUGCACGCAACGGCAUGAGCAGUGUAGCAUAUGAAUGGUUUCAUCGCAUGAAAGUUCAAAACAUCUCCCCAAAUGAGAUUAGUUACGAAAUGCUAAUCGAGGCUCUGGCAAAGGAUGGAAAACCAAGGAUUGCGUAUGAGUUAUAUUUGAGGGCUCAGAGUGAGGACCUUAACCUCUCGUCAAAGGCUUAUGACGCAGUCCUACAAUCCUCUCAGAUUCAUAAAGCAACUGUUGAUUUAAGUGUUCUAGGUCCUCGGCCUCCAGAUAAAAAGAAAACCCUCCGCAUUAGAAAAACUUUGACAGAAUUCUCUACCUUGGCAGACGUUCCCAGGAGAAGUAAACCAUUUGUCAGAAAGGAAAUUUACAAUAUUUCACAUACAGAAGGAAACCCUUAAGUGAUUUGUGACGAUGAGCUCUGUACAAUAUUUUUCUUUUCCCCCAUAUUUUAGCUUAUGUGGACAUGUAAUAAACUCUGAACCAACCUUUUUUAAGGCGCAGCUCUGAUACUGUUGUUCGCUGCUUAAA